CGUCGUGUUUUCUUCCUUCCCCGGUCUCAUUCCACGCGCCCGCUCCUCUUCGCCCUCGUCUUCCUCCAUCCCACGGUCCCACCUGUCCCUCUCACCGCCUCGUUAUUUUUUCGCCCCCAUCUUUGAACGCCGGGACUCCAACUCCACCGUUCCUCCCUCUUCGUUCCCUCCGAUCCCGCCCCUAUAAAUCCAGUCGCCUCAGCCGCCACAGCGGGCCGCAAGCACGUAACCACACAGCUCACUGCUGCUCCCGUCUUCCCGUGUCCUGUCGUGCUCCCGUCGCCGGGGGCGGAAGGGUUCGCGAGGCCGGCGGGCGGUUAGGGAUUUCUCCGGAGUCCCGCGAUGGCGAAGCUGUACGUGCAGGCGUUCCCGCCCGCGGAUCUGAACAAGAACACCGAGUGGUUCAUGUAUCCGGGCGUCUGGACGACCUACAUCCUCAUUGUCUUCUUCUCCUGGCUCCUCGUCCUCUCCGUCUUCGGCUGCACCCCUGGCACCGCGUGGACCGUCGUCAACCUCUUCCACUUCGCGAUCACAUACCACUUUUUCCAUUGGAAGAAAGGAACACCUUUUGCUGAUGACCAGGGAAUGUACAACGCAUUGACUUGGUGGGAGCAAAUGGAUAAUGGCAAACAGCUUACUCGUAAUAGGAAGUUCCUCAUUGUUGUUCCUGUUGUCCUGUUUAUAUUUGAUGCGGCCCCCUCUGGAGGGCCUCUUUGGCGACCGUAGAGGUAUCUGAUAGCUCUGCACACCACAGACUACCAACAACCUAUGCUCUUCCUCAAUACCCUUGCCGUCAGUGUGCUUGUGGUCGCGAAACUACCGAAUAUGCACAAGGUCCGGAUUUUCGGAAUAAAUGCCGAGAACUGAGCAACGUCAUCCUUCGCCAGACAUUUACCCUAUAUGCGCUUUUCAGAACGGUUUUGUGUGUUCCCCCCCCCUUCUAGUGCCUUUAGUUGGGCUCAUCAGAGCACCAGUGUUGAAAAAGUUGUUAGCAGGAUGGGCCUUGGUCGCUGUAUAGAGAGAUGCUCGGAGGCGUGCUGUACAUCUGAUGUGCACGGAUUCUGUACACUCUUAAUGUUGCUAUAUAUACGGUUUGUUGCAAGCAUC